GGUAUAUUGUCACCUGCAGCGAGUUUAGGUCAGUCGUUUGGCGGGUCCAGUUCAGGACUGAAUUUAGGAGCCUUUCGUCAGUGUCGGAAUACGCUUGUGCUUGGAUUUUGUUAGUCUUUUGCUGAGUGAUUUGGUUAUUUCCCACGAUGAAGACUUUAAUCGCCCUGUGUGUGCUAGUAUUUGUGGAUGUGGUUGCUUCACAAUGUGAAUGUCAAAGCAUGAAAUGGGCAGUAUGUGACGACAACCCGUGCACUUGUAAACUUGCGUUGGGUGUAGAUCUCACACAGAACCUUGACUGUACCAAGUUAAUUCCCAAGUGCUACCUCAUGAAAGCAGAGAUGCAUCGUGCCAGGACGGGCCAGAUCACUAGAUCCAUUGGUGGCAAGCCGGUAGAGACCGCGUUUGUGGACAACGAUGGCAUUUAUGACCCUGAUUGUGAGAGCGAUGGCAAGUUCAAGGCUAUCCAGUGCAACGGCACUGCUGAAUGCUGGUGCGUUAACAGCGCCGGUGUACGCCGAAGUGAUAAAGGAGACAAGAACAUCAAGUGUGAGCCUGUGGAGACCUAUUGGGUUCGUCUUGAAUUGAAGCAUAAAGAAGGGGCUGCAGCUUUGGAUAAAGACAAGUUGAAGACUGGUAUUCAGAAUGCUUUGCUGGAGCGUUACAAGUUGCCUAAGGAUCUUGUCAAAGAUGUUCAGUAUGACAAAGAAGGUCGCCUUAUUGUUGUGGAUGUCGAAAAGCCUAAGAGUGACCGUACAAACGACCUGUCCCUCAUGAGCUACUACAUGGAGAAAGAUAUCAAAGUUCUGCCUCUGUACAAGAGCUCUACACCAUUUGAGGUCAGUGUCGAGGGAAAUAAGGUGUCUAUGGAGAACGUCCUGGUGUACUACGUAGAUGAAGUUGCACCCACCUUCACCAUGAAGAAGCUGACCGCUGGUGUGAUCGCUGUCAUCGUGGUGGUCAGCUUGAUCGUGAUUGCAGGACUUGUUGUUCUGUUCCUCAUCAGUCGACAACAAAAGGCCAAGUACAGCAAAGCACAGGCAAGAGAGAUGGACACCAUGUCUUAAGCUAGUAAUGAUGUCUCGACUACUGGGUUGCGUCCCACGCUGAUACAUAGACCUGCUGUACAUUCGCUUGUAACAUUUUCAUAUUGGGGAAAAUAAGUGUCUGUUACGUGCUGAGUACAGUUUUUAAAUGACGUUUCUCUGUUACUGUUUUUGCUAUUUAAUGAGGGCUCUUCAAUUGGAUCAACAUUUUAACUGUACAGUUUUGUGUUACUUUGUUUUUAAUAAAAUUUGUUUUGUGUUCAA